AUGAAGACAGAAAUGAGGAAAAUCAGCAGAAGCAGAACGGGCCAAGCGAGCAAUUAGAUACAGAGAAAAAAAAUCAACAGACGCAAAUGAAUACAAAUAGUGCAGAUAUAAACGUUCUGAAUAUAGAUCACGAAGAUGUACAAGCACAAGUACAAGAAAAUAAUAUAGAGAAACAAGCAGAUGAUGGUUUCAUAACGGUUAUGCACAAGAAGGUUAAAAUAAGGAAGAGCACACAUAAUAGUAGGAAUAAAAGUGAAUCUGAAGGGCUUAAUGAUAGAUAUAAGUGCCAAAAAACAAUGACUAUGCUUAAGACAUAUAAGAUAGAAUUGAUUAUGUUACAAGAAACAAAUUUAACUAAUAAUAGUACGAGAAAUUUUUUGAAACAGCAAUGGGGAUACGAUUCUAUAUGGACAGCUAGAGUAGCUAUUUUAGCAGGAAAUAGAGAAAUCAAGUUUGAAAAUAUCGAAGAAUCUUAUCAAGGAAGGAAAGAGUCACUGUCAACAGUUAUUCAGAAGCAAGAAAAUGGUAAUAAGAGGAAUAAAGACUUCUGGAGUUGGUCUAAAAUAAAAUGGAUCAACAAUAAGCAUAAGGAUAUCUUUUGGCGUUACUGUCACAGAUCACUGCCGUUAGGAUACAGGUUAAAGCAUAUAAUACCGAAUAACAAUGGUGACUGUCCGAUGUGCCAUGAAGAAAUCCAAACUAAUGAGCAUUUUGGGAUAAACUGUAAAAGCAGUAAGAUCAUAUGA